GAAGAAGAAGAAGAAAAAGACAGUGAAGAAGAAGUAAACCCCGCGAUACACACGCGAGGAUAAUGUAAAAAAUAUUUAAAAUUCAUAGUAGUUCUUCCACAUGAAACGUGAUAAUAUAAAUCGUUUGAUUUUCAUAGUUUAUUUAAAAUUAUGUCUUAAAACAAUGCCUUCCCGGAAGUAGCCGUUCGCGUGAUAAUAAGUUCAAAUGUUUCACUCAGUCUAAGCUAGUUUCGUUGAGUUCAAAGAAAGUCCAAGAAAAACAAAAAUGGAUGAAACAGCGAUGGAAUCUGAAUCAGCCGAACAUUUGGGAUCAGCUCCACAACACGGGAUCUCUGCAGCGUGGGAUACUGUCACGGCUGCUCUGGUGUCUCCUGGCUGCUCGGCGACGGAGCAGAGUCUCUCUGACUCGCUGGCCCUGCUGUCCAAACAGGGUCUGGGUCAGCUGCUGGGAAGCUGGCUGCUGGAGACUUUACAGAUGCGUCUGUCCUCCUCUGUGGUUCCCGAGUUCUGGUGUGGACUCAAACAGCCCGAGAACGAGCUGGAGGAGAGAGGCAGGGCCUGGGUUCUCCUCACGGCAUUUAGGACCCUGUUAGGGCAGCUUGAACCGUUCCUCAGUGGUUUGGAGAGGCUCGGAACGUGGCAGGAUGAGGGACUGGGCAGUCUCUGCGGCACGGGGUCCAAGGGCCUCCAGGAGCGGGCCUUCACCAUCAUCAGGGCUCUCCUCCUCUUCUCCCCUUCUCCGGUCCUUCAGGAGCGAGUGCUGGAGUUUUACAGCCGGACCUUCACCGUCUACAUGAACCAGGCGGGCGAGUCUGAGGACGGGGCCGAGGUACCCGACGCCCCUGAAGGUGGAGGCGUCUGCCGGGGCUGCGGGGUCCUGACCCAGGAGUGCUGGUGUCAGGAGGCCCUGGACCAGCUGCAUGAGCUCAGCCACAUACUUUCCAAACUCCAGCUGCUGGAGUGGGUCAGCUCCGAGGCCGUCACCUCCAUCCUCCACAAGCUCAUCGAGCAGCGGAUGGAGCAGCACUGCAGGGGCGAGUACGAGCGCUCCUUCCUGCUGGAGUUCCAGGAGUGGCUCGAGCUGGUGUUGGGUUGGCUGAGCAAAGUGUUUGUGAGCGAGGCGGAUGGAGACGGUCUGACCUCCACUCCCACCGCUCCCACCACUCCCACCACCGCACCAAGUGUUCCCAGUGCUCCCAGUGUUCAGGCCGGCCAGUCCGGCAGCUCCAUCCUGAAGCAGUGGAGGUGCCACAUGCACCAGUUCUUCUGCAGGAUCUACGUCAACAUGAGGAUAGAGGAGCUCUUCAGUAUCAUCAGAGAUUUCCCAGAAUCUAAAGCUGCCAUCGAAGAUCUGAAGUUCUGUCUGGAGAGAACAAACCAGAGACAGCAGCUCCUCACCUCCCUGAAGUCUGCGUUUGAGAGUCGUCUGCUGCACCCGGGAGUUCACACGUCUGACAUCCUCACAGUUUACAUCUCGGCCAUCAAAGCCCUCCGAGAGCUCGACCCGUCCAUGGUCAUCCUGCAGGUCGCCUGCCAGCCAAUCCGCAAGUACCUCAGGACCCGGGAGGACACGGUGAGGCAGAUCGUAGCCGGUCUGACCGGAGACGCCGAGGGCUGCACAGAUUUGGCGUCGGAGCUGUCCAGAGGAGACCCGGUGACUCUGGAGAUGCAGGACAGCGACGAAGAGGGAAACGACCCCGAGGACUGGACUCCGGACCCGACCGACGCCGUCCCUGAUAAGAUGGGCUCCAAACGCCGCUCGUCCGACAUCAUCAGCCUGCUGGUCAGUAUCUACGGCAGUAAAGGAAUCUUUAUAGACGAGUACAGAGCCGUGCUGGCUGACCGACUGCUGCACCAACUCAACUACAACACUGCCAGGGAGAUUCGAAACGUGGAGCUGCUGAAGCUGCGGUUUGGAGAGUCUCAUAUGCAUUACUGCGAGGUCAUGUUGAAGGACAUGGCGGACUCUCGGAGGAUCAACAGUAACAUCCGGGAGGAGGAGUCGAGGCUGAGCGAGGAGGAGCAGCCGCAGCUCUCCCUGUCGGCCAUCAUCCUCUCCUCGGAGUUCUGGCCGCCGCUGAAGGAGGACAAGCUGGAGCUCCCGCCGCCCGUCUGCCAGAGCAUGGAGGCCUACACACACCGCUACGAGAAACUAAAGGCCAUGAGGACGCUGAGCUGGAAGCCUCGCCUGGGCUCGGUCACUCUGGACGUGGAGCUGGAGGACCGCACUCUCACCAACCUCACCGUCUCCCCGAUCCACGCCGCCAUCAUCCUGCACUUCCAGGAAAAAAGUUCUUGGACUCUGGAGGAGCUGAGCGUGAAGCUGGGCGCCCCGAAGGACCUGGUGCACAGGAAGCUGGCUCUGUGGCAGCAGCACGGCGUCCUGCGGGAGGAGACGGGGGGGCGCUACUACGUGGUGGAGACGGGUUCGUCCAAAGAGAAGAUCGAUCGAGGCGUGAUGCUGAUCGACAGCGACGAGGAGCGGGACUCGAACACCACCACCCAGUCGGAGCAGAGGGAGGAGAAGCUGCAGUUGUUCUGGGCCUACAUCCAGGCCAUGCUGACCAACCUGGACACCAUGACGCUGGACCGCAUCCACUCCAUGCUGCGGAUGUUCGUCGCCACGGGACCCGUCGUCACGGAGAUGGACAUCAACGAGCUGGAGGCUUUUCUGCAGAGGAAGGUCAGGGAGCAUCAGCUGCUGGCCUCCGCAGGCGUCUACAGACUCCCCAAAUCCACCUGACGGGAGGAGGGAACGCAAAGCAAGGAGGCAAGGAGGACAAAAGAGUGUGACGCUGCAUUCAAGUGCUGCAGGAAAAAUAGGACAAUGCACUUCUCCCUCGGCUUUUGGGACAACAGAGAGUGCUCAUUUUAAUCGAUGAGUAAAUGAGUUUGUUUUUCAGACAGAAUGUGUUCUUUGGAUUCAUUGGAACUUAGAAGAACUUUAAACGCAGCAGUGUUUUAUGAAGACUGAUCCUCUGAAAGGUCUUCUAAUAAAAGAAGAACUUCCA